AUGUCUUUUGCCCCAAAAGACGAGCACGAGGCACAAGUUCAGAUGGCACUCGAACGAGGCAUACCAGCAAUAUCGGCUGUGAUGGGUUCUCAAAGGUUGCCCUUUCCUAGUAGGGUCUUUGACAUUGUGCACUGCGCACGUUGUCGGGUCCCUUGGCAUGCAGAUGGUGGUGCUUUACUUCUGGAGUUGAACAGAGUACUUCGUCCCGGAGGCUACUUUGUGUGGUCGGCAACUCCAGUUUAUCAAAGCCUCGAAGAAGAUGUACAAAUAUGGAAAGAAAUGUCGAACCUAACAAUAGCCAUGUGUUGGGAGCUUGUCACGAUCAAGAAAGACAAGGUGAAUUCUGUCGGUGCUGCUAUUUAUCAGAAACCAGACUCAAACGAUUGCUACGAGCGAAGAAAACAAAAAAACCCCCCAAUGUGUAAAACUGAUGACGAUCCUAAUGCUGCAUGGUACGUACCAUUGCAGUCGUGCAUGCACCAGGUGCCGAUUCAAGAAAACGAGAGAGGGUCCCAAUGGCCUGAAGAGUGGCCCGACCGGCUCCAAACGCCACCUUACUGGCUCAACCGAUCCCAGAUGGGUGUUUAUGGAAAACCGGCUCCUGAUGACUUCACGUCAGACUAUAAACACUGGAAAAAGAUGGUCAGUGAGUUGUACAUGAACGGUCUCGGGAUCAGCUGGUCCCACAUCAGAAAUGUCAUGGACAUGAGAGCUGUUUACGGAGGGUUUGCAGCAGCACUCAAGGAUCUCAAAGUAUGGGUAAUGAAUGUGGUUAACAUAGACUCACCCGACACUCUCCCCGUAAUCUACGAGAGGGGCCUUUUCGGGAUUUACCAUGACUGGUGCGAGUCCUUCAGCACCUAUCCACGGACGUACGAUCUCCUACACGCCGACCAUCUUUUCUCUACUCUUAAAAAGAGGUGCAAGCUAGUAAUAGUGAUUGCCGAGGUCGACCGAAUAGUGAGGCCCGGAGGCAAACUGAUCGUGCGGGAUGACUCGAGCACGAUUGGAGAGGUUGAGGACUUGCUCAAGUCCCUGCAUUGGGAAGUGUACUUUCCAAAAAACCAACAAGGGAUGCUCGGGGCUCAGAAGUCCGAGUGGCGGCCCAGGUCGUACGCGGGCCCUUCUUGA